GCUUCUCCUGGUGACGUGUGAGAUUCACGUUGAAGUGAACGAAAGAUUGGUUAAUAAUUUGGAAAUUUCAUGUACGAUUAAUACGAAGAAAUAUGGCCCUCAUGACCAUGAUUGCGCGACUUGUUGAUGGCUUACCGCUUGUGGGGACAAUGCAAGAGGAUGAGCAGUCCGGUAGAAGUGUGCUAGAAUACCAGAACCAAGCAAAGCUGCUCUUCCGCAAAUUAGGUCCCAAUUCACCAAACCGAUGCAGUAUAGAAACGGGCCCUUACUUAUUCCACUACCUGAUUGAUAAUGAUGUAUGUUAUUUAGUGAUGUGUGACAAACUAUUUUCAAAACGAAACGCUUUCAACUAUCUUGAAGAUAUUGCUCAAGAGUUCUAUAACAACUAUGGCCGUAGAGUUAAUUCGGUAACUCGCCCUUACGCCUUCAUUGAAUUUGAUAUUUACAUCCAAAAAGCCAAGAAAACUCUUACCGACAGGAGAAGGAAUAUCAAUACCAUCAACACACAGCUACAGGACGUACAGAGGAUUAUGGUCCAAAACAUCGACGAUGUAUUACAACGGGGUACUGUGUUGUCGGAUUUGGACACUAAAACCCAAAACCUAUCUAUUCUAUCACAGAAAUAUAAGAAGGAUGCCGUCUACUUGAAUCGAAAGUCUCUCUAUGUAAAAGGAGCGGUUGCAAGUAUCGUGUUAAUUGCCUUUUGUUUAUAUUUUUGGGUGAUUUAACGUAUGUUUUGGGUUCCUACCACACAAAAUACGUUAUUUUUUAAUUAUAAUUCACCUUCCAAAACUACUUGAAACCAGCUAGAAAUUAUGUAUUCUGAAAUAUGAUUGUUAAACGAACGAAUUGGUUUUGAUGGAUUGGUAGCUUCCGUAUUGUAUCGGUGUAUGUGUACUUCUUUAUUUUCAUAAACAAGAUAAUAUACUUUAAAAACUA